AUGAGUAAAAAACAUUUAGUUGACGAAAUGAUUAUUAUUAGAGAAGAAAUGAGAAAAAUAAAUGUAAAUAUAUAUUAUUAAUAAAGAAUAGAAUAUUAACAACAAACUCCUCAAAAUUUUUUGAAUUCACCCCUCAUUAAAUAAAAAAUGAAAAAAUUACGAAAUAUUUUUAUUUAUUUAUAGCUUUAAAACCUAAAACAUUCAAGAAAUAUUUUAUAUCAGAAUAAUAUAUAUAUGAAUUAUUGAAUAGAAUGGAUUAUGAAAAAUUGCUUUAAAUUUCAUUGAAAUUUAUCGUUAAAUAUUUAUAGAAUUAGGAAAAUUAAGAAAUUUAAUAAAAUGAAUCGAAUUCAUCAAAUAAUAUGAAAGACGUUGAAAAAUUUAAUAAAAUAAUAAGAGAUAUAGUAUCACCAAUAAAAACAAAAAUUAUUUCGUACAAUCAAAAAAAUAUUAAUAAAUCAUCCUAAACUUUAUUAUAAAAUUAAGAAACUCAAUUAAACAAUAAUUUUAAUUUAGGUAUUCGCCAAUAAUCUUCUAUUUUAUCAUCAAUAUAAUAAGAUAAUAUAAAUUCACCAAAAUUCAAUGAAAAUAUUAAAAAUGCAAUAGAGGAGAUAUCUUUCGAAAGAUCAUCAAUUAAAAAAGUUGAUCAAAAUAUAUAAUAAUAGAUUGAUUAAAAAAGAGAUGCUUAGAAUUAAAAAUUAAAUUACUCACAAAUUAAUAAUGAUAAAAUAAAUGAUUAUAAUAUGGGUGUAAUAACAACGCCAAAAUAGAAAGAAUUAGAUCAUUAUAAAUAGACAUUAAAUACAAGCAUGAAUAGUUCAUUUAAAGAUACAAAAAGAAAGUUAAAAAAAAAAUCGUUACUUGAAUUAAAUCUUGAAAAAUUAGAAGAUAAAAGAUUUCCUAAAAAAGAUAUUCCGUGUUCUAUGCUUUCUGUUGACUAUGUAUGUAAAAGAAGAAAAACACCUGAAAAAAAAAGAGCCUUUAAUAUAAUAACUAAUUAUUGA